AUGCUUCUAGCACAUUACCAUCUGUCAGCAAGUCUGUCUUGCUGCAGUCGUGAUAGCCAUGCAAGCCAGGGCAUCCGUCUUGAUUGUUCCCGUGCGAAUAGCGUUGUGGAUGUGUCCAAUGUCCAAUGGCCAUCCGUCUCAAAUGUCUUAUCUGAGACAGAAAGUCAGUUCAACCAAGCCAAAAAAAUUUGCCAUCCUUCUUCUUCGAAUACCAUACAAACUAGCAUGUCCAACAGCAACAACGAUGAGGACACCGAUCAGCUUGAGUUGAUGGGCGCCUCCAACGACAGUAAUGCCACCCAAUUUGAUAUUACAAAACUACCUGAUUCGUUCCAAAAAUUCCUCAAGGACAAUUCAAUUGAUCCUCAAAUCUACACUGUUGCAAAACUACCUCGAUACAUUAGAACCAAUACACAUCUGCCUGCUGAUAAAAGACCUAGCUUGCAAGAUCUCAAGACUCAAUUCCAGACAGACAAGGUGUAUGCGGUAGAUGGGCUGGCUCACUUUUUUAGUGUACAGCUGGAUGAGACUACUCAACGUAUAUCAGAUGUUCCUGCCUACAAGAAGCAUGCGAUAUUCGGUAUUGAUCUCAGUUCAGCCAUUGCAGUUGAAGCUUUAGAGGUACAAAAAGACGACCAAGUGUUGGAUCUAUGUUGCGCACCGGGGGCCAAGCUGUGUAUGAUUGCCAACCUAUUAGGACGAGAUGGAUUAGGCACAGUGACAGGCGUUGAUCUAGCAGGUCAUCGCUUAGCAACAUGUCGAUCGCUACUGAAAAAGUACAAGGUGGGCGAAAAAGUGAGGUUGUUUGAAGCAGAUGGCACCGCAUUUGGCGUGCCACCUCCCUCUCGCUUAGGAGGCAGAAUGAUCCACAACAAAAAUGUAGACGAAAAAGACAUGACGACCAGAAAACGACAAAAGUUGGAUUUAGUGAAACCAUUCUGGGCAUCUCGCUUGCUUCGAUUCGAUAACCAAACACCCUCUCUGACCAAUGCGUUGUACGACAAAGUGCUUGUGGAUGCCGAGUGUACGCAUGAUGGAAGCAUAGCGCAUAUCUUGAAAUACGAGAAAUGGGGAUGGGACACAUUUGAAAAGAACUUUAUGGACCCUCAUAGAAUAGACACCAUAGCAGAACUACAGUGCAACUUGAUGAAACAAGGCUGGCAUAUGCUGAAGCCAGGCGGGAUCAUGAUAUACAGCACCUGCUCGCUCUCGAUUCGACAAAAUGAAGACAAUGUCGCUUGGUUUUUAAAUGAAUUCAAAGACGCACAAUUAGAAAAGAUACCCAGUUUCAACAUUCCACCAGCCGAGAUCAAGCAGCAACAAUUUCAUCCCGCUUUGCAAGGUGACAUUGAAGCGAAUUGUCUUCGAUUUGAUCCCAUUUCAAGCAACACGAGUGGAUUCUUUGUAGCUCGUUUCGUUAAAGCUGCUUUAUUUACAUAA